AUGGAGAAGGUCGAGAGCCGCAAUGGCCGUCCUGGGUCGCAGACGGAGCCGGAUGCCAAUGAGAUACGGGAAGACGGUGUCACAAAGGCGCAAAGAAAACAUUAUUCCUUCUACUUGUCAAUACUUAUGCUGGCUGCGAUCGCUCUGAUUGUGGCUUGGGAUGUCACAGCUCUAUCUUUGGCUUUACCUAUCAUUGCCGAACAGCUACAUGGAACAAACUUCCAAUCAUUUUGGGCCAGCUUAGCCUUCACCCUCGGCAUUGCCGUCACUCAGCCUAUCUAUGCCAGUAUCUCGGACGUGGUGGGCCGCAAAUAUGUUCUCUACGCCUCCAUUAUCCUCUUCGGCAUCGGAUCUAUUAUCUUUGCUACCGCAAGAGAUAUGAACGUUAUUGUCGCUGGCCGGCUGAUCAAAGGUCUUGGUGCUGGCGGGCUAGACGUAUUACAAACUAUCAUCCUUUGCGAUAUCACAACCCUGAAGGAGCGGCCGCGAUGGCUAGGAGUCCUGUCCAUGGCCAAUGCGGUGGGAGCUGUCAGCGGGCCGUUCAUUGGAGGUGUGUUUGCCGAGAAGGUCGGAUGGCCAUGGCUUGGCUGGAUCAAUCUGAUCACAGUAGGCAUCACUGGUGUGCUGGCAUUCUUCUUUCUUCACUUAAUGCCCAUCGAAGGUGACAUUAAAGACAAGAUGAAAAGGCUUGACUGGCCUGGAUUUGCUCUUUUCGCAGUCAUUGGUACUACUAUAUCGCUGCCGUUAAGCUGGGCUAAUAUGCCGUUUGCUUGGGUAUCUUGGCAGACUCUUGUUCCUCUCAUUAUUGGAGUAUUACUCCUCAUCCCGCUUGGAUUUGUUGAGAAGAGGGCGGAGGUACCCAUGAUUCCAUAUCAAAUCUUCGACAACGUCUCUAUAAUCACAGGGACUGUGUCUGGAGCAAUAUACGGCUCAUUAUUGAACCCUAUACUCCUUUAUCUUCCGCUUUUCUUUCAGGCGGCAUAUCUCGAAACUCCUAUCGAAGCCGCCAAGUCGACUCUACCGCUCUGCUGUCUAGUCGUGGGAACAAGCGUCAUUGUGUCAAUGCUAAUAGAUUGGAGUCGAAAGUACCGCAUCGCGUUGUGGGUAGGCUGGUUUGUUACAACGAUAUUCCUGGGCCUGAGCUACACUAUUGGCCCUGAUAGCAGUAGAGCUCGCACUUAUGCCUUUCAAGCCCUCCUCGGUGCUGGUCUUGGCACGGUUCUAGUCUCAACCCAGAUAUCAGUCCUGGCGAGCGUUAGGAGGGUCGAUGACCACGGGCUUGCCUCUGGGAUGCUUGUCACUACGCGUUUCGUAGGCUCCCUGCUAGGUUUAGCUAUCUGUUCGACUAUCUUCAACUCGAUGUUCGAAAAAGGUCUCUCCUCGCUCAAAGGUAACCUACCUAAAGAACUUGAAGCACUGGAAGAUGCAAGCCAAGCUGUUGGAUUCAUCCCACGACUGAGGGAGGUUCACGUGUCAGAGGAUAUCAUGGAUGCCGUGAAGGGUGCGUAUACGGAUGCUUUCCAGACUAUCUGGGUGGUAUUGGCUGCCUUUUCGGCUUUGGCAGCGCUAUUCUCUGUGCUGACUAGAGAGAAUUCUCUGGAGAAAGACGAUGUCGGUCGACAAGGGUUCAAAGCACCGUCGUCAGAGUAG